AUGUCUGACCAGUACUGCCUGGAGCCCAAGACUGAAGCUGACUGCCUUGGAAACAUCAGAGAGUUUCUCAACGGGUGCGCAGCAACUGGAGUUGAGCUGUUUGAGGCACGUGAUCUGUACACAGGAGACAAUUUCCCUCAGGUGCUGAAUACCCUUGCAGCAAUCAACAUAGCGACCGAAGGUCUAGGAAGUGGGGCGCAGCGAAAGCAUGCUGAGCUGGAGAAGGCCUUCUGGCCCUCCUUCUGUCUUUUCCUGUCUCCAAAUCGUGAGAUGGAUUUAGUAAAAAGAAGAGCUGAAUAAUGAAAAUACCCCUGCAAAGACUUUCAGGCAUGUUCCUUCCUGUCACAACAAUGAGGACUAGCAACUGUUACCAGAACAGAAAGGGAAGUUUAGGUCCUGCCCUUCCUUAGAUGUAGCUGCGUGUAAAAGAAGUUGCUGAACUCUAUUCCAGGUAGAGUCUACAAGGAGAACAGAGGAAGUGAAGAAAGUACUGAGGUAGUAAAACCAGGGAGAGCUCCAAAUGGCACUGUGCACAAUGCAGUGGAGAGUUUGACCCGAGGGAUGGCUUAAAUAGGCAGGUCAGGCUGUCCUAGCCCCACCCUGAGGUUCUUAAAGGGGCCCUGCACAGUUCUGUCUGUCCUUACUCCAGGGCAAACCAAGGACCCGGUAUCUUAGGAGAGCUUGCAGUGUCCGCUUCAGGUCAUAUAGUCUUACGGUGUUUUCCCUACGCUUUGUUGGGAGCCCAUCUUCCCCCUUUCCUCUUCCCAGAAGAUCUUAAUAGGGGGCUUCUGAAAUACAAGCUGUUC